AUGAACACCUACUCCACACCCGCAUACGGCUCAGGCAGUUAUGGAGGUGGCAGCGGUGGUUCAGGUUAUCAAAGUUGCAUGCAGAUGUGUGCUGCAUCUUACGGCGCUCCUACGAUGGCAUCCUCUACAUGGUCCGCUCCCCCCACCACGACUACCGCAGCGGGUAGUCCUGGUUGCACGCACACCGUUAUUGUUGCUCCUACCCAGGGCGUUUUGCGUUAUGUGCCUUUUGCCGUCAAUGCAUCUGUUGGUGACACGAUCGCAUUUGUCUGGAAUGCCAACACACACACUGUUACGAAAUCAUCCGAACUGGCGAUUUGUAAUAAAACUUCGGACAUGCCAUUUUCUUCUGGGGUGCAGAAUAAGAGCUUCGUUUUCACCCAAACGGUCAACGACACCAAUACAACAUUCUUCUACUGUGGGGUUCCCGGACACUGUCAGAAAGGAAUGUUCGGUAUCUUAAACCCUCCCAAUGCUCUAAUGGGUAGCACCUCAUCAAUCUCCAGUGUGAUGCCUGUCAUGGCUUCAAACAGCUCGAACAUGACUGCGAUGGUUCAAUACACCCAGAUGGCGACGGCGAACAAUACCAUGGCUGGCAAUUGGGGUGGAAACAUCGACAUGAGUGGCAUGCCUCCAUCGUCAUACCAAUACGCGCUCGAAAAUGUGAUGUAUACGCGAACCUUUUUGGCCGCCAACCCCGAAGUUUUGUCAGAAGGCGGCGUUGUCGACCUGUCUAGCGCGGGAACUACACCGCUCAUAGUUCCAAAUGACAUUACCGCUGCCGCCGCCAAUUCCUCUACAUCUCCUGGAUCCCCCACUUCCGGAUCACCAACUGCAGGGGCUACUGGCAGCAGCAGCCCCUCAGCAGCCUCGACAGGUGGUGCUAAGAGCCUCGGUUCAUCAAGCAUUCUCGUCAGCGUUGUUGUUGUCGCCUCCCUUGCGUUCGCCCUAUGA